AAACAAGUUCCCUUUAUAAGAACCCUUUCGUCCACCCAGUAUUCCCAUCCACCAUCGUUCCGUACAGAUAUCUAUCAUCACCCCGUACAGAUAUCUAUCAUCAUCCAGUACAUACAUUCAUCAUCAUCCCGAAGCACAGUCUUUCCCCAACAUCAAUCCACGAUGUUCACAAACACAAAAUCCAACAGCGUCAACGACCCGGCUAUGGCUUCACAGGCCAACUCUAUCUCUACUCCUGGCACCGCGGUAGCUCUAAGGAGCAACGUCGACGAGUUCAACCAGCUGCCCAUGGCUCCGCAGGCCAACUCCAACUCUACUCCUGGCACCGCGGUAGCUCUAAGGAGCAACGUCGACGAGUUCAACCAGCUGCCCAUGGCUCCGCAGGCCAACUCCAACUCUACUCCUGGCACCGCGGUAGCUCUAAGUAGCAACGUCGACGAGUUCAACCAGCUGCCCAUGGCUCCGCAGGCCAACUCCAACUCUACUCCUGGCACCGCGAUGUCGCCAAUGUUCGACCAAGACGACUACAAGUUCAAGGUCUGCGACAUUGAAUAUCAUACAAAAGUCUUCGACCCGAAAAAGGAGACGACUUCGGCCCUGCUCAUUCAGGAGAUUGGCCACCCUACAGGUCAUUGCCUCUACCUCGACAAGGAGAAGGGGGUUGCGGAUGAGGACCGAUACCGACCAACCCAGCGAUUCCUGCGUACCGUCGGGUACAUCAAAGAUGACGAAGACAGAGGCCACUUCAUGAGCAUAGCCAAGGAAACGAAUCCUUCGGAAGCUAAGUUCCUGAAGACGGCGCAGCGGUUCCAGCAAUGAAAAGAUGAGGUACUCGAGCAGGCAAGAUCGCAAGGCGUAUUGCAUUGGCCAGAGGCUUGAUUCUAGUGGGCAACAAUCGGAUCCCACUGGGCGGAGGACCAUGUACCCGCAGAAUCAUCUUCUAAAUUGUCAGAAUCGCGAUUUCAACAGGUUUUCUCAAAGGAGGUGGAGGCGGGACAUCGUGACUUGGCAGCCAAUAAUCAUAUGAGGGCAUUUAUAGCUAAGAAAACACGUUACGGGCAAUCUGGCUUCUCUCAAUCUAUCUUCUCUUCCCUCUUCCCUCUUCCCUUCCCUCUUCCCUCUUCCCUUCCCUCUUCCCUCUUCCCUUCCCUCUUCCCUCUUCCCUUCCCUCUUCCCUCUUCCCUUCCCUCUUCCCUUUCCCCCUUCUCUUCCUUCUUCUCUUCCUUCUUCCCUUCCCUCUUCCCUUCCUCCUUCUCUUCCUUCUUCUUCUCUUGUUAGUUAUAAUAUCUGCCAUGCUAUAAUU